AUGCAUCGGGGAAGGCGGAUGAGCCCGGGUAAGAGCCGCCCGGGGGCCUGUCCCUUGAGGGGCUGCUGCGGGAACUGGACGGGUAACGGAGGGCCCCGCUGCCUUCCCCGCCCCGGCCCUUUCACCCCAAGACGGGUCAGUCUGGAGCGCGGGAUCUUCUUCACUAGCCACACACCCCGACCCACCCCGAGGAGAAAAGCAGCGCCACCACCCCAUGCCCGGCUGUGGCUCCAGCCUCGGCGCCUCCCGAUCCCGGCGCCGCUGCGUGGUCCCAGCGCGCCCUCCGCAAAACCAAAAGUCACCUACGGUUCUGCUACAGAAAAGCACCACGGGCAAGAUGAAAUUGACUGCGUUCUCCUUUCAGCGUCCAAGACCCUAAAUUCCUCUGAGAGAGUAAAGGGAAGUGGUGACAGUGAAACAGAACAUGGCUACACAUCAGAAUCAGAAAAUCGAAUCCAACCACAAUCAGCAUUGAAAGCCCUUCAGCAUCAACUGGAAUCAUUUCAGGCUCUCCGAAUACAGACUUUGCAGAAUGUCAGCAUGGUACAGUCUGAAAUCAGCAAAAUAUUGAACAAAAGCAUUAUUGAAGUAGAAAACCCACAAUUUAGUUCAGAAAAAAAUCUAGUAUUCAACACACACCUUGAGAAGGCUUUGCCUAUAGAGAAUCAAGAAGAAAUCCUUUCUACGGAGAAAAAUAAUCGUUUUGAGUAUUCUAGGACUCUUCAUUCAACAGAAGAAAAACUCAGUAGUGAUAGUGUUAAUAGUUUCUCUCAAGGUACAAAUAUUCCAUCACAGAUAAAUUUCAAGGACAUAUUAACUCUGGGAACUUCAACAGAUAAUUCCACUUCAAACAUAAGUAUGAACCCUUUAGAAAAUUCUGAUAUGUUGAAGAAUUACAAUAACCUUCAUAGUUUUCUACCUAAUACACCUCAUAAUGUUAUGUCUCAACCUGAUACAGUAAUCCUGGACAAAUCUAAAAUUACUGUGCCUCUUCUCAAACAUGGAUUUUGUGAAAAUUUAGAUGAUAUUUGUCAUUCUAUCAAACAAAUGAAGGAAGAGCUUCAAAAGUCACAUGAUAGGGAAUUGACACUUACAAAUGAAAUUAAAACUUUAAAAACUAAUACAAAUGUUCCAAGUAAUGGUAAGACUGACCUGUAUCCCACUCACAAGAAAAAAAUUAACUUUCUUAGGGAGGACAAUAUAGAAAGUAACUUAAAUGAAGAUAUAAAAUCCAAGAAAAUUUUAGAAUUAGAGGAAUUAGUAAACAAAUUACUCCCACUCAGGGAAACAGUGUCAAAAUUGCACCUGAAUUUUUGUAGGAAGUGCAAAAAAUUGUCUAGGAGUGAAAUUCACAGGGGAAAGAAGAAUGAGAAAAACAAUAAGGAAAUUCCUAUCACUAGCAAGAAUAUUACAGAUUUACGAUUCCAUUCUAGAGUCCCAAGGCAUGCACUGUCAAUCUUUGAUCCAAUAAAAUAUGAAACAAAAAAUAGAGAAAAGCAAUCUUUUGUAGUGAAACAAGGUUCAAUAAUAUUUGAAAAUCAGAAAACAGCCAAAGUCAAUUCUAUUACUGAGCAGGGUGUUGCAAAAAUUCAGUAUUUACAGAAUUACCUGAAAGAAUCUAUGCAGAUACAGAAAAAAGUAACAGAGUUGGAGAAUGAAAAUCUAACGCUUAAGACCAGAAUAAACCCUCUUGUCUCUACCACACAAUCUCUGAUACAGAAAACUGAAACAUAUGAAAAGCAACUUAAGAAUAUGCUUGCAGAAAAGAACACUAUUCAGUACAAGUUAAUUAAAACAGAAGAAGAUGGCAAAGAAUGUCUAAAAGAAUUGAAAAAAAUAAUUAGUAAAUAUGAUGUUCUCCAAGGACAAAACAAAAGUCUAGAGGAAAAAACCAGUCAACUUUCUUUGGAGAAGCAACAAAUGAUGGAAACAUUAGACCAACUAAAAAAUAAGGAACACAAAAUUCAAAAUGAUAUGGCUAUUGUCAAUAAUGAAAAUAAUCGAAUGAGUAGGGAAAUGGAAUCAAUGAAAGCAAAUAUUCUGUUGAUACAAGAUGAAAAGGAAAUGCUAGAGAAAAAAACACACCUGCUUCUAAAGGAAAAAAACUCACUUGAAAAUGAACUAAAAGAAAACCAGCUAGAGAUAAUGCAGCUAAAAGAGAAAGGAAGACUGGCAACAACUGAGCAAGAGACACUUCUUCAAAUAAUAGAGACAGUUAAAAAUGAAAAACUUAGUCUUGAAACAACAUUACAAGAAUCUACUGCUGCUAGACAAAUGAUGGAAAGGGAAAUUGAGAAUAUGCAAACACACCAGUCUACUGCAGAAGAGAAUUUUCGGAAAGAAAUAAAAAAUGCAAAAUCAGAAGCAAGUAUUUAUAAGAAUAGUUUGUCAGAAAUGGGCAACAAAUGUGAAAUGUUAUCAAAAAUGGUAAUGGAAAUUAAAACAGAUAAUCAGAUGCUCAAAGAAGAACUAAAACAACAUAGUCAGGAAAAUAUAAAACUUGAGAACAGCAUCAGCAGACUUGAGGAAGACAAAAUACUUUUAGAAAACUAUGUAAGAAGUAUAGAAAAUGAAAGAGAUACUUUGGAAUUUGAGAUGCGGAAUCUUCAAAGAGAAUAUUUAAAUCUAUGUGAAAAACUCUGUAGUCAGCAGAGUGACCUAUCAAAAAUGGGUUAUAUUUCAAGAAGAGAGAAAUUCCGUUUUGACAACUAUGGUACUUAUGAAGGCAGCUCUAGUCCUAGAAGUAAGUCUUUAGCUCCUGAUUUUAAAGGUAUGUAUAUUGUGGUAGAUUAGUAGAGAUAUGAUUAAGAUCCUCUUAGCCUCUUGGGCACUUGCCAGAGUAUUACUAAUAAGGGAACUCUUAGGAUGAAUAUAAUUUGUAAGAUUUGUAACUGAUUUAUUACACAGUAGAAUUAUUUAGGAAUUUUGCUCUUUUAAUAAAUUUCAAGGUGUCAUUUAUAUUACUUCUAUACAUUGUAUAUGCACAAAGCAACUUUGGCAGAGAGCAGGGAUUUUUUUAAUUAUUCUUAUUUUUUUUAAGUAUUUAGCACUCCCACCUUAAAAAAAUUUUUCUUUUUUUCCAGGAAUUCCAAGUAAACUGCAUCAAUCACUUCCAUCUAAGAUAUGUAAAUAAAUUUCUAAAAUCGAUGUUUCAAAAUCCUCUGUCCAACUACUUUUUUUUCCCACAAAGUAAUUUAAAAUUCACUUUUACAUAUAAUUAUCUCAUAAUCAGUUAGGGUAGACUAGUUUUUUUAAAAUAGAAAUCAGAAUUAGGUAUAUAUUUUUAUACUGUCAAAAACUGUGAACAGUCUAAGAUUUACCCAGCUUGUAAGCUAAUAUGUUAGCCCAUAGUUUCAUGAGUUUUAGUAGAAGACAUGAGGCUCCUGGGUCAGAGAUAAAAGACAAAUUUAUUAUUCACAGUAAAGCAAUAGCCAGAGGAUCGGCACUUUUCUAUUGGUUCCCACCAGUCCCUACAGGCAACAUGAAGAAUGCCAUCUAAAGAUCACUGCUGUCAGUCUGGUCUAAGCCACCACCAAAUCUUUUCUGUUACAGCGGGCCUCCUGCUUGCAUCUUCCCCAGCUAUGGCUAAUACUCCAAAUACCAACCAAAGGGAUAUUGUUGAAUGUAAAAUCAUUAAUAUGGCAUGCCUGUCCCCAAAACUUUCAAUGGCUUCUCACAACACUCAAAACCCAAAGUCCACAACUACCCUGUCGCUCAUUUUGUGUAGGUCUUUCUCAAAUGCCAUGUCCUCAGAGUCUUUCCCUAACCACCCUUUAAAAAAUAGUUCAAACACACCCCAAAUCAUCUCUAUGUCCUUACCCUGCAUUAUUAUCCUCAGAGCACUUACCUUUACCUGAUGUUAUCUGUCUUCCUGAACAAAUGGAAGGCAGAGAUGUUGUCAUUUUGUUUACUGCUGCAUCCCAAUGCCUGGAACGCAAUAGGCACUCAGUAUUUGUUAGAUGAAUGCUGAAUGAAGGAGUUGCCAUCAUACUAGAGAGUGUCAGGCAUAGGUUGGAUAUUCUCUUAGUAGGAAUGUUGUGAAGAGUUUAGACAAAAUGACAUUUAAGUAUCUUCCUAAAUGAAGUUCAGUGAUUCCAUAUUGCUUUAUGAUUUUUAAAAAUACAUAUAAAUUUGGGAGUAAUACACGUGUCUCUAGCUAUCUCCCAUAGACUUGUUACUUGUGCCCCAAUAAGGUGUAGGGAAGAAUAAACUGGGAACAGUUUUCCUAGUCUUUCUUCUUGUCAUCUAACUUGUGCUGUACUCCUGAUUUCCCACAGGUAAGUAACUUCUGCUUAACUCUGCUCUCUAGUUUUGAUAAAGGCUGCAGAGUGUAUAAUGUAACCUGAGGCAAUAAGAAGAAUCAUUAUUUCUGUGGAAAAUUGGGGAAGUGGCCUGGGAAAUGCAGUUAAGAGGUGGUUAAAAGAAGCCAGGGUGCCUGGCUUUGCCACUGUUGGUUAUGCUGCCUUGAACAGGUUACUUAACCUUUCUCUGCCUCCACUUCUUCAUUUCUUAAAUGAAGAUUAAGUGAUUAGUAAUUACAGACAUAUUGAUAUGCAAAGCAAAUGAAAUGGUACCUGGCAUACAGUAAGCACUAUAUAGGUAUUAGCUACUGAUUCAUUUUUACCAUCUAAGAUUUCA